GUUAUCAUGUUUCUGGUGCGUAUAGUUGACAUGGCGCGUAAUUAUCUCGCUAUUGUACGGGACGAAGAGAGAUCGCAAGCGCUUGUUCUCCGACUUCGAUGACCAUAAAGAAAUAGCAAACAUGAUUGCCAAUUUGCCGCUGCUCUUCGCUAACGGGAAUCCGACGGCAUUGUCUAAAAUUAGUGCCGACGAGUUGGAGAAGUUCAUAACGUUUAUGGUGACAUGUUCUUGGGGGCACGACACGGCCAAAGAUAUACGAAAGCCUCCAUGGUGGCCAAUAGAUGUGGAUUUUUCGCAUCCUUUUGUUAAACCUGUCGAAGUACCGAAUGAUUGGGAAGCGCGUUUGAAGCAAUUAGUUAAGAGAUGCUAUGAUUAUCAUAAGAGUGCUUUUCUCCUGGUUUUUUCUGCCCAGCUUGCUCGGUAUCCUCGGAAGAGACUCAGGUACGUCGACAACCGUGAUCACACAACUUCUCUCUAUUAUCGCCCUAGUGGUCGCCUUUUAGUAACUUUCAGGAAUGAGAAUAUCUUUUAUGAUAGAGAUUCUCCUUUAGAUGAGGCUGAACCACAAGUGAAGUCUGCAGAUAUUUAUCUUUGUGACAACUGUGAUAGUCAUUUUGAUAACUUGGAAGUUUUAAAAGCUCAUGAAAGGCUAUGUAACAAUGAAAAUAUUCCAUCAAGUACAUGUAGUGGUGGGCUACCUGAAUUUCUGUCAGCAUUGAAACUCUUACCGAUUGGUGAAAAAUUGGAGGAUAAGUCUGUCAAGUGUAACGAAGCCGACUCUCGUCCAAAAAAUGCAAGAUCUGCAGCCAACAUAGAUAGAGGGCCUCCAUACCCAUUUUCUUCCUUGGCUUAUAUGAAGAAUGCUAAAAUUAAUGCUCAGAGGGACACAAACUUCUCCAGAGAAAGGAUAGAAAGAUAUUGUUGUACCUCGACACCAAUUAGUAAAAAUGUAGUUAGUAAAAGCAAAAAUCACCAAUUUCCAAUCAGAUACAGAAGGCCUAUUGAUUAUUGGCAGCGAAGGCACAUAUUUCCAAAUCAGAGAAACAAAAAAAUACUUGAUCUCAAUAGCCAGUUGCUGCUUUUAAAAUGUAGGCCUGUGACAGUGAACGUUGAGAAGAUGUCAAUGGAGAAGAUAGAGGAGUACAUUGAGAACAUGAAACAAGAGUCUAAAAAGAAACAUAUUAAUGACGACAAAGAUAUAGUGUUUGUUGAUGGGCUCGACACAGAACAAACUCAAGAUGUGGAGAUGAAGAGUUGUGAUCCUCUUAAAAGAGUGGAAAAUGAUUGUGAAGUGAUUGAUCUGUGUUCAGACGAUGAAAGUCCUGUCGUUAAUGAGAACUGUGAUCCGAGGGCUGGUGUGACUUGUGUAAUGCGGGGUGGGGCAGUAUUACGGAGGACGGCUGCAACACCGCAGGCACUACCAGCAGAGCCCUGUGGUGCUCGCCAGCGUCCACUGCCUUCUCUAAUAUUGCAACCACACCCUGUUAUAUUAAUAGCUCAUACUCUGAACAAUUUACAAACUAUAGCGUUAGAUUAAAUGUACUGGUUUAAUGUAGAUACAUGCUGACAAUUAUUUAUUAUCUUCUUUAUUAAAAUUUUAAUAUUCA